AUGGAGUCUCGAGAGAACAUUGAAAAAUCUUCAUCCGAAUUUGUCUAUCAACAACAAGAAUUCAACACUUCUUCCCAGACACAGCAAGCAAUUAACAAUGCAAGUGGUAAUAUCAAGGAAUCAAACACUGGAUCAACAACAGAUUCAAAGAAUUCGUCAUCAGAUUCAAACCAAGACUUGGGUAAGAGAGGACCAAAAGUCUACUGUGGCUUUAUUAGAACAGACAGAUAUUUGGGCAUUAUUGAGCUCAAAAAGGGCGUCACUUGGGUGAAUAUAACAUGCUACUAUGCUUUGGUUAUCGUUCUCAUUGGUAUUUUCGUUUUCAUAAAUUCAAUGGCAAGUUAUGUCUUUGAGGCUUAUUUAAGAGGCCAUGUAAACAGGAAAGAUCAAGGAAAAUUGGCAGGUGAUCUUUCUUUCUACAAUGAAAUUUGUAUCAUUGUUUUUGGUAUUUUUUGGGGAAUUCUGACGGACCUCCUUAAAGGAAGAAAGUUUGUGUACAUGGUUGGCUUUUUGUUGAUGGCACUUGGCUUAUUCUUAUACACAUUUGCAUUGACUCCAGGUCAAUUAAUUUUAUACAGAGUAAUUUUCGCUAUCGGUGCUGCAAGUACCAGUAGCAUGCUUACUGCUAUUUUGGGAGAUUACGUGAGAAAUAAGGACAGAGGAAAGGCAUCUGGCCUUCUUGGGCUUUGUUCUGGUUUGGGAGCUGUUUUAUCUGCCUUGGUCUAUUUGAAAAUACCGCAAUGGAUUCAAUCUGCAAAUCCAUCAAUUCCUUCUGGUCAAGCUGGAUUUAUUGCAUUCGUGAUCAUGUCCUUCUUUUGUGUGGCCUCAAUGUGUGCGAUCAUGAUGUUUUACAAAGGAAAGAUUUUCCCAAUCUGUGAGAACUAUUUUGCCAAGAAAAAGACCAAAAACAUUGACGAUAUUGAAAGCAGUUCAGAUGAGGAGUCUGACAAUGAGUCAUCAUCAGAUAAUAUAAUGGUUCGAUACUUGAAACGAAUUAGAGACGUUAUGGUACAAGGUUUAUUCCAAGCUCCAGCAAAAAGGCCAUCUCUCAUUUUAGCAUAUGCAUCCAGUUUUGUUGCAAGAGGUGAUGCAACAUUGAUCACUACGUUUAUUACAUUGUGGGUCUCUCAACAAAUGAUUAACCUUCAUGAUUCCUCCAAAGCAGACGCUGUUGCAAGAGGAGGUACAAUUUCUGGGGUUUGUCAAACAUUUGCCCUUGUCGCUGCUCCAUUUAUUGGAGUUUUUGCUGAUUUGAGAUUUAGAAGAAAGAAGCAAGACCCAUCUCAACAAGACCCAGAUACAUUCAUCAGAAAGAUGGCUAGAUUAAUUACCAUGGCAGUAGUUUCAAUAAUAUCGGGUGUUGGGUACACAAUGUUAUCGUUCCUUUCUGACGUGACAGGCGGAUUUGUGUACUUACCAAUUGCUUUGAUUGGUAUUGGUGAGAUUGGUGUCAUUGUGUGCAGCCAAGUGUUGGUCACUGCUGAAUCUCCAAACCGAGUUAGAGGAAGUGUGAGUGGUAUUUUCACACUAUUCGGUGCUGCAGGCAUUCUGUUAGCCACCAAGGUUGGAGGAGUUCUCUAUGACGAUUGGAAACCAAGUGGCCCAUUCUUAUUCUAUGGUAUGAUCAACUUUGCUCUCUGUUUGUUGACUAUUGGCUUCAUUAUUGGAAACGUUAUUUAUUACAAGGUUUGGAAGAAGAAAGAAAGGGUAUCUCCAAAAGACACAAGUGAAAUGCCAUAA